GGGGUGCGCGGCGGCUGUAAUGGAGGAUGCGAGCGGGGUACUGAGACAGUGAGGAGACGGGCUUGUAUUUUAAUGGUUCAAGAGGUCUUAGAGCCCGCUCCCGUCUGACGCAGGUGUUUUUUGCAACUGGAGGUUACAGAAUAAAUUUGGGCAUCCUGACUUACAACUAUCUGACCUGAAAGAAUAGUGCUUUAAUGAAGGCUAGUUGAACUUGGCAACAUGCCAGCAGCAACAGUGGAUCACAGCCAAAGAAUCUGUGAGGUCUGGGCUUGUAACCUGGAUGAAGAGAUGAAGAGAAUACGUCAAGUAAUUCGGAAAUUCAACUAUGUUGCAAUGGACACAGAAUUCCCAGGUGUUGUAGCACGGCCGAUUGGAGAAUUCAGAAGCAAUGCAGAUUAUCAGUACCAGCUGUUGCGCUGUAAUGUGGAUUUGCUGAAGAUUAUACAGUUGGGGUUGACAUUUGUAAAUGAACAGGGCGAGUACCCUCCAGGCACCUCCACAUGGCAAUUUAACUUUAAGUUUAAUCUUACGGAGGACAUGUAUGCUCAAGACUCAAUAGAGCUUCUUACGACUUCUGGUAUCCAGUUUAAAAAACAUGAGGAGGAAGGAAUUGAUACAAUGUAUUUUGCAGAAGUUCUCAUGACAUCUGGUGUAGUAUUAUGUGAAGGUGUCAAAUGGCUUUCAUUCCACAGUGGGUAUGACUUUGGCUACUUGAUCAAAAUACUCACCAAUUCAAACCUACCUGAAGAAGAACCAGACUUCUUUGAGAUCUUAAGGUUGUUCUUUCCUGUAAUUUAUGAUGUGAAAUACCUCAUGAAAAGCUGCAAAAAUCUCAAGGGUGGUUUACAGGAAGUAGCUGAACAAUUGGAGUUGGAGCGAAUUGGGCCACAGCAUCAAGCAGGUUCAGAUUCACUCUUAACAGGAAUGGCCUUCUUCAAAAUGCGAGAGAUGUUCUUUGAGGAUCACAUUGAUGAUGCCAAAUAUUGUGGCCAUCUGUAUGGUCUUGGCUCCGGCUCAUCAUAUGUUCAGAAUGGCACAGGGAAUGCAUAUGAAGAAGAAGCUAAUAAACAGCAGCCUUGACCUGAAAUGGGGAGAUUAAUUUUUUGGGCCACAUAUACUGGAUCUGAUUUUUUUUAUCUUGUGUCUGAGUUUCUCAGACUUACAGAUUUUCUUCUUUUCCCUGUUCUUUCAGUUCACUAGUUUUGUGCCAACAUCUUGGGCAUUUUGGCCUUGGUAAAGAAACUCAUUGUAGGUAUAAUUCACCCAGCUGUUUAUAGUAUGGAUUUUUUUUCACAAAUUGCUUGAAGAAGUGGGAAAAUAGCCACCUGAAUGAAUUUUCAGUUAUUUUCCUCUCUUCUUUCUGAAAGCAUAUAAAAUGUAUCAUCUGGUUAUUUGUCGCUCCAAUCUAAUAUGUGGCACUUAAAAUAAAAGAUAACAGGAAUUUUAGCUAUUCAGGAUUGUGGACCAUCAAAUUUGCACUUUAGAGAGUGACUGGUUCCUCUAUUUUAUGGGAAUUUUGCUGCUUGUUCUCACAAAUGAGAUAAAGCUCAGAAACUUGAACUAAUUCACACCAUUAAGUUACUGUUUGUGGAUUUUCUGUGCCUGCUGGCUUAGUGUGACAGCGUCUCCACUACUGGUUUGUGGUAACAAAAAAUUUUACUGAAGCUCUUGUAUUUGCUGCAGUCAAAAACAAAAUCUGUAAGUGUUGCCUUACAUUUUUUCCUUUUAUCAUCUUUUUUUCUUCUGGGACUGUUACCCAUACACAGUCUGGCAUAUCAGAAGUGCAGCUAGCUGAAACAAAACCAGCAUCUUACACCCAUUGUGCUAAAACUACUACAUCUGUUUGUACAUUCUGAUUGCAUUGUUGUAAUAAAAUAAAACUUGAAUCAGUUUAAUUUUAGUUUCUAAAAAAACAAAAUUUAUACGUAUCACAACUUGGCACUGUUAUUUGUGUCAGAUUAUGUACAUGAUGUGAUGUUGUUUAUGGCUGAACUGCCUUUUUCCAACAGAAGAAUGUUUUGAGAUUUUUUUUAAGAUCUACUUUAUUACAAAAACUAUUUUCUUCCUCAGUGGCAGCCAUAAUUACAACAGUGCAGAAACAUUUCAGUUCCACCAAAGCUAGGCUUCCUCCAAAGUUAUUGCAGAAAAAAAGCACUAUCAAGCAUGCAUGAAAUUUUUAACUUCAAGGUUUUCUCUGACCAGUUCCAAUUUUGUAACAGUACAGCAAUUUUAGCCAGUGUUUUUAUGUUUAGAUAGCCUUUCUUCCAACCAAAUGGAGGACUGGGCUUCAACUCCUCAUUUUGCUAAUGGUUGCAUUAUUUCUGUGGAUCAGUUGGUGGCAGGAAACAUACAUUAUUAAGAAGACGGGGUUAUCCCAGAAUGAUUACCAUACCUAGUGGUGUAGUUGGGAAAUGGUAAAAACCUUUUUUGUAAUUUGGGUUGCUAGACUACAGGGGUUCAAGCCUCAGUGGAGAGAGAGAGACAGUUGUUUCUCUACCAGUAUGGUGCAAGGAAAGACACAAUUGUAAAACAUUGAUAGUCAUUCUACGUUAGGGCUUUCAAAGCAUGUUACCACUCAACCAGAAUUAAUAACAGUUCAACACUUCAGUAUUUGUUUUAUUUACCAUUUUACUUUUAUAUGAAAAAGCUUUUUUUUAAAAGAAAAACUUUGAAAGGGCAUACUGUCUUUUUGCAGUAUUGCAAUUCCAUAAGUAGCAUUGCAUAGGUAUAUCAGUUGAGAGUGAUGCUGGUUUUGAUGCAGCAUGACUUGCUAUGCAACACCUUUAGUACAUUAUAUAAGAGCUGUAAAUGCCAUGUAAUAUAUUAUUCAGUCUUAUGCAUUGUAUCUGCAUGCCUCGAGCAGCUGUGGAGGAAGGCCUUUACUGAAUAGUUGGUACUUAUCCGGAACCAUCAAUUGCAUAUUUCAAAAUUCAAUUAUUAGAUUUCAGAGCUUGGGAAAAGGUCAAAAUCUCCCAACGAGUGUGACUACAAUGUAAUUGUGUUCUGUUCUUUCAUUAUGUUACAGAACUGUAACUUAAUGGACCUUUUUUAAAAGCAAUUAUGUGGAAAAACAAGGUAUUAUUUGUUUUUAAACCUUUUUGUAAAUAAAGGCUUCAGAUUUGUUUCUUA